AUAUACCGUGGGCACCCCUCGCAGGCAGGAGGGGCGGGCAGCUCAGCUUCACCAGGAGCCUCCUUGGGAAGCAACAGCCAAAGCAGGAUGAAGCUUUUCCUGGGCAUCCUCUUGGGCUCCCUGGUCCUGGGCGUCAGCAGCCAAAGGUGGUUAACCUUCCUCAGGGAAGCUGGUCAAGGGACUAGAGACAUGAUGAGAGCUUACUCUGACAUGAGAGAAGCCAAUUACAAAAAUUCCGACAAAUACUUCCAUGCCCGGGGGAACUAUGACGCUGCACAAAGGGGCCCUGGGGGUGCCUGGGCUGCUAAAGUGAUCAG